AUGGGUAAACAUUUCGGAGAGCUCGCGAAAAUCCGAGGACUGAUUUCUUAUCGGAUAUCCCCAUAUGAGCAAAGAGCAUUUGCUGGAGCCAUUUCCAAUGGUCUGCCGAACAUCUUUCGCAGAUUUCGAGAAUGUGUGUUCAGGGUUGCACCUCCCUUCAUUAUUGGCUACCUAGUUUAUAAUGGUGUUGAAACGGAACACCGCAGGCUUUCAAGAAAAAAUCCAGCUGAUUUUGAAAAUGAUGAAUAA